AUGGUUGCGGCGUUGAAGGGAGUCCUAGUGAAGUGCGAUCCGCCAACGAUGGAAAUUAUUCGGCUGCUCAAUGAGACACGGGACUUCAUCAUUGAGCAACUGAACGAGGAGUACGUGCUGUGCAGAGAGUGCGUCUUCGAUUUUCUCGAGGAAGAAGUGACGAAGCGCCUCGAACUGGCAGAGCGUCAAACAGCGGAGCUCCAGCGUGAGCUUCGGCAAGCCCGACAACAGGCGCAGCCACUCGCGCAGGAUCAAGACGAAUGA